UCGAGGCCAAGUUAGCUCCUCUUGAGCAAUAGUACUCAAUCUCCUCGACACCACCAAUUGUAGGUAACCAUGUCAAGGGAUCCACUUGUUGUAGGCAAUGUAGUUGGAGAUAUCUUGGACCCAUUUAUCAAAUCAGCAUCACUCAAAGUCUUAUACAACAAUAGGGAGCUGACUAAUGGAUCUGAGCUCAAGCCUUCACAAGUAGUCAAUGAGCCACGGAUCGAGAUUGCUGGGCGUGACAUGAGAAACCUUUACACUUUGGUAAUGGUGGAUCCUGACUCACCAAGUCCAAGCAAUCCAACCAAAAGAGAAUACCUUCAUUGGUUGGUGACAGACAUUCCGGAAUCAACAGAUGCAAGCUAUGGAAACGAGAUAGUCAGCUACGAAAGCCCAAAGCCAACAGCAGGAAUACAUCGCUUUGUCUUUGUGAUUUUCCGCCAAUCUGUCCAGCAGACCAUUUAUGCACCAGGAUGGAGACCGAAUUUCAACUCAAGGGACUUCUCAGCACUUUACAGUCUAGGCCCACCUGUGGCUGCAGUAUUCUUCAACUGCCAAAGGGAGACCGGAUGCGGUGGCAGACGAUACAUCAGAUGACAACUGAGAUAACUGCAUUCCAACUCUGCAAAAAUGAGGGUGAAUUGAGUGAUGAUGCAUAAGGCCAAGCGCUCCAGGUGGGUGUUGCGUAUGGUGCAGCGUAAUGUAGUUUAAUUCCUAGAUUACUUUAUCUCAUGUACAGGCACUGACUAUGGUGUCCCAAAAUACCAUGUAACAAAUCUCAGCCACUGCUCCAUCUCUUCUUCCUUGAUGAGGAAAGCUUAAAGUUGAUGUAUUAGGGCAAUGAGAGUAAAGAUCUCUCAUGUUUCCUAAGCACUAUUAGAUUUGACGCCAAUAAAUGAUAAAUUGCA